CCACAUCGCGUCGCUCGUCCUCCGCCUCCUCCAUAUCCUCUGGAACUCAUGUUAUACUCACUCUGCAGCCCCAAAAGCAUUCCUACUGCACCGAACGCACUGGGGACGUCAAAAAAGAGGUGCCGGCAAGUCCAUACUGGUCUGGAAACUCGAGAAAGCUCGACGACCCCGGGAAGUGGUAAGCGCCCGACAGUGCCGCGACUCGCUCGAACUUGGAUGCACAAGCUGGAGGAUACAACUACAUAUGAUGCAUGGCUUUUUUUUUACAAGCUUGUGAGAUGUUGAACAGGUGCGCAGCUUAUCAUUUCUAGGAUGAUACGAUACUCAUUACUGAUACCGCAAUCCUGAGCGUACGGCAGGCCCAGUGAAAAUACUGUAAGACCUUCCAAGACUCUCGAUGUAGGUAUCCGGCCCGCAUGCUAUGUCUGGCCAAAUCUGCAGCGGAGCGAUACUGUAGGGUGACAUACACAUAGGCAGACGUACACUGCAGGACACCAGAUAUAUAUUUGUGGUUCUGUUGAUAUACACGAACGCCCGC